GAAUAACGGUUACGAUUAGACGUGCGCGCAACAAACCCAUUUCCUUGGCGGCGGUUUUGUUUACGGUACGCGCGUACGGUGUCGCAUCGAUCGAAGUGAUCGAGAUCGCGCGGAUUGUGUUAAAGCGCGCGCAAAAAUACCACUCCAUCGAACCGAAAGGAUUACACACAGCUGAAGCAGAGGGUGAAGGAGUAUUCGUGGAAUGGUUCGGAAUGUUUGGAUGAAACUAAAUGCCUCCAAAAAAAUGGAAUUUUCUACAAAUUUAUCUAUUUGGGUUGCAAAUUUCACGGAAAAAUGGUUUGAGCUGUUAGCUCGGUUUUAAGUCAACGAUCUGGGAAGCUGUGAUAGAAAUGAAUUAUGAAAGAUUAACAAAAACGAAAUGCGUGCAGUGUGAUGUUUGCAGCCAGUGAGAAGUGAUUGAAAUAGGAAGGAAGACAAGCGUCUUUAUAACACAAGCCAGCAUGUUGGAGCAUGUUUGAUGCUUAGCAAAUCAGCAUCAAACAUCAGACAAGUAAACCAAAAUACAUUAAAGAUGAUAACCAGGUGAAAAACAGUUACAAGUCAGGGGAAUCUUCUUACGUGACGCGUGAAAUAUAGCUAAAUAAGCAUCAACGGUCUUAAAUAAGCAUCAAUGGUCAAAUAAACCAUAACUCAUCAACAAUGUAACAAAGUUGCAGCUCUGGAGUGCAUCACGAAACACAAAACAAAACAGCUGUAUAUAAUGAAGAAAGAGCUCCGAUCCUGCACGGCCUGCGGUGAACCCAUAUCGGACCAGUUCCUGCUAGACGUCGGUGGCUGCUCGUGGCAUUCCGCCUGCCUACGGUGCUGCAUCUGCCACACACCGCUCGACCAUCAACCGUCCUGCUUUCUGCGCGAGCGACAAAUCUACUGCAAAACGGACUACACGAAGAGGUUCGGUACGAAGUGUGCCCGGUGCAGCCGCACGAUCAGUGCCACCGACUGGGUGCGACGGGCGCGCGAUCUUAUCUUUCAUCUCGCCUGCUUUGCCUGUGAUAGCUGUGGGCGCCAGCUGUCGACCGGAGAACAGUUCGCCCUCGUAGACGAUAAGGUACUGUGCAAGACGCACUACUCGGAGAUGUUUGACUGCGGCACCUCGAGCGAUGACGGUUGUGAAGCGGACGGAUACCAGAAGAACAACAAAACCAAGCGCGUCCGGACGACGUUCACCGAGGAGCAGUUGCAGAUACUGCAGGCGAACUUUAACAUCGACAGCAACCCGGACGGGCAGGACCUGGAGCGGAUAGCUUCGGUGACGGGGCUGAGCAAGCGCGUCACCCAGGUUUGGUUCCAGAAUUCCCGGGCACGCCAGAAAAAGCACGUUCAAGUUCCUAGAGAAGGUGAAAUGAAUCCGUUUGCGAGGCACAUCAACCUGCAGCUUUCGUACACCUUCCAGCAGGCCGGUGGUGCGGUCCACAACUCGCUGCACCUCGGGCCGGGUGGUGGGAUGGGCGUCCUCAGUGGGUCACCCUUCGGGCCGAACGGCAGCUUCGGUAGCCAUCAUCACAACAACAAUAAUAAUAAUAACAGCACCAAUAUAAACAAUAAUCAUUCCUCGAAAUCGUCCGCUUACAGUACGCAUGAUUCCUCGCUUGAUGAGCUUUCGGAAGACUCGGCGAUACACUGCAUGCAGAGUGAAGCUUAGCGAAGGAUUGCAUUCGCUCCGGUCGUUCCACUGUGGAAGCGUGGUCUGCUUGGUCAUCUUGCGACUCGCACGUGUUGGUUGUUGAUCAGUAUUAAUUUAUUCCUCCCAAAACAAAACGAUGGAUGGUUUUUAGCUAAAUUUUAGUCAAGAGAUAGUUUGGAGCUUGUUUUACCCUUAAAAAAGGACGUUGUUUUAAUUCCCAUGCCUCCUCCCGCUCCAAAAUGUGUAAUGUACAUUCCGGCAAUGUGCUGACGGUUUCAGGUCCGUACGUGUAACAAAAUUAUUGCCUCCCCCAUUCUUCUGCUUCUACUUCUUCUCAUUAGCAUAGUUGUGGCCUUAAGUCUCUGAUGGAGUUCGUUUCAAACGCAAUUGUAAAACAAACAAACAAAUACAGAAAUUAUUUAUU